CCCCAAAUAAAGAAAACCGGCCCAAGCGAAGCAUUGAAGGCCUGAGGCAGUUAAUCAGUAAUCAACGGCCGUGGACCUCAGUUCGUCCAUCCUCACCGGUAACCGCGAGUUGAACUGUCGAAGCAAACAAGUUCAGACCUGUUGCCACUCACGCCGGUCGCCGUUCUCCGCAUUGCUGGAAAGCUCGGAAUCGUCUGAAUCGCCUCUGCAAUUCUUUAAUUCGCUUCGCAGACCGCAGUACCCUACUGUCCCGGGUCCGGCCCUGCGCGGCUUCUGCCUCCGCCCUAGCGUGCUCGCUGAGUUGCUGGUCUUCCGAUUUUUCAGAAACAUAGUACUCUUCAUCAAUCAUCAUGUUCAAGCAAUCUCCAACAAGCAGGAGCCAUAGAUCAAAAGGAAUCAAGACCAAACAUGUUCUACAAAUUUGCCUGUUGCUUGCUGUUUGCUUCUGGCUGAUUUAUCAAGUAAAGCGCUCCUACGAUAAAGGCAAAGAAUUCGACGAAACCGAUUCGGGCUUUUCACUGAAGUCAGGGAGCAUAUAUGAAACAACAAAGUGGGGAAGGAAAAGUCUCCUUCCCCAUUCAUCAAACGGAAUUACUACAACUAAACUCAAGCAAGAUAAUGACAGCCAAGAUGAAGAUGAAGACGCCAAGACUGAAGAAGUGGAGCCAGAUCAAGACAACAAGUUCGAAGAUGAAAAUGAUGAAGAUAGAGGGGGUAGAGAUGAUGCUGUUGAUGAACAUGAUCAAGAGAAAUCUGAUGAACAAGAAGAUGAACUUGUUGACGUAGAAACUGAUAUGAAAAGUUCUGAAGAGAAUACUGAUCAUGAGCUUGAUGAAGAAGACUCAAUGAGUACCCAUGAGGCACUUUAUAAAGCAGAUGACGCUUCAAGUGCAGUCACCCAUGAUACCGGCUUGGAAGAUGCAAUUGGUCAAAAUGUAACUAUGUUAACAGAUGAUCACGAGACAAACCGUUCCCUAAUCACGAUAGGCCAUGAGGCACUUUAUAAAGCAGAUGACACUUCAAGUGCAGUCACCCAUGAUACCGGCUUGGAAGAUGCAAUUGGUCAAAAUGUAACUAUGUUAACAGAAGAUCACGAGACAAACCGUUCCCUAAUCACGAUAGGCCAUGAUGAAAGUGUCCCAGAGCAUGUCUUAUCCACCUCUAUAAAUACCUCACUGUUGAACAACACAAGACUGGUGGAAUCAAACAGUCAUCUUGAAGUGAUAGUAUCCUUGCCAAAUUUGACAGAAUCAAAUAUAAAUUCCACCGUUGAGCGUAAUAGUGUCAUAGCUGGUGGGGAAGACUCAUUGCCAUUCACUUUUACACAGCAAAUGAAUGCAUCUGUACAGAUUGUUGAAACAACUCUAUCUGAUUCUAAUAUAACUUCCACAGGAAAUGAGGGUUUUAACUCAACCUCAGAAAUCUCCUCAACUGUCUCUACUAUCACACCUUCUGCCUCAGGUGAUACCACACCCGAAGAUCAUUCUGAUACAUCCAUUCCCUUGGAAGAGAAAGAAGUUGGUAUGGAUUUGGAAACUCUUCCUCAGAAACAGACUGAAGGAAGUAACACAAAAGAUGAAGCAGUAGAAUGAAAUUUGCCAUAGAUCAGUAAAAAUGGUUCAGUUGAGGCUCAAGUUUAUUUGGGUUCCUUUGUUUUGUGAGCAUCCCAAGCUAAGAGUGUUCUUUAGUAUGCAGCAUUGGUAAUUUUCGGGAAAGUAUAAUUACCAAUUAGCAUGAAAAAUAUAGGAUAGUAGUAGUAUGUUCUGCAAGAGUGGAUCUUGUGGAAUCAUUUGUAGUUAUAAUAACACUUUCCUCUACUUUCGAGUUUGUUUACACUUGUGUCUUGAUCUUAAAAAUCUCAGCCUUUGCCAUUACUAUCUAAGAUGAUGGGCUAAUGGGAUGCUUCUACGGUUAAAUCUUGUUGGGUAAAAAAUUGACUUGUUGAAUAUAUCUAAU